UUUAACCAACUAAAAAUGAAAGAGUAUGAAAUGAAUUGGGGAUGACCUUACUAACAGUGAUUUCCUCAAGCUGAUGAAACAAACCGGCAGGCAUCAGAGCGCCAAAAUAAGUAGGCUUUUAUUCUUGCUCCAAUCGAAAUGGGAGGAGACGAAGAUGAGAGACUCCAAAUUCGGCCUUCUCUUAAAUCUCAGACUUGCUUUAAUAAUUAUCCCAAAUGGAAAGAUAAGCUUAGAGAAAAAUGUUACAAAAGGGUCAGAGAAGAUCGAAGCCGCCUUGUUUGGAAAUUAAGGUUGGCCAACCACCAACCACAUCAUCAGGAUCUCAUCAAGUCAUCUCUAGAGGACAUAGUUUCUGAUGAAAUACAGAAAUUUAAGCACUCAUAUCAGAGUGAGAGUUUUGAUAAUUCUAAAUUCUCCCUCGCACCGGAUGAUACUGUAUGGGAAUAUAAUGGCCUUCAUGAAGCUUAUCAAGGUGAUUGUGAGGAAAUGCUGCUCGAAAUGCAGAGAAUUUUUUAUGAAGAUCUCAGGAUGGAAGAAACAAAAGAACAAGUUCCAAUUGAAACUUGGGAGGAUGAAGAAGAUGAGUAUUUGGCUCGUGCAGUAUACGAACACAUGAACAUCAAUGAGAAGGGUGGCAAGGAGGUUUGGUGUCCCAUCUGCAAGCAAGGAGAUUUGAAAGAGAACUGUCAUCAUAUCUGUUGCUCUCUCUGUGGACUCAGGCUCAACAGAGAUGAUGAGGUCAAUCUAGAGGCGUUACGCAAUAGAUUGGGUGAAGCUCAUUCAGAUCAUCUUGAUCGAGGAUGCAGGUUAAAACCCAAAUUCUGCGUUGAAACUAGAUUUAAUCUGACUGCUCUGUACAUUACCUGUCAGGGAUGCGGCAUGUUCGAGGUUGUAAUAUAGCCGUUUUCUUUCUUAAAGCUGUGCUCUUUUCCUUCUUCAGUUGAUUGUAAUGGUUUGCAUAUUUCAUUCAUGUGGAUACGUGAGUUAUAGGUGAUAUAUUUGCUGAAGUUGAUCAACGAAGGGCGGGUACAAACUAUUUCUCUUGUUUUUGUGGUUGAUCGAACGACAUCACUUCAGUGUUGCUCCUCUCU